GGCCCCCUCGGUCCCCAGCUCUGCGGCCCUGCGGGGCUGCAGACAGCCUAGGCGCCGCCACCCUAGUUCCUGGGCCCAUGACCCUGCCCGGGACGCCGCGGGCCUCAGGAACGGAGGCCACGGAGGCCGUUGCCCCGGCCGUGGACCUGGUGCUCGGCGCGUCGGCCUGUUGCCUGGCCUGUGUCUUCACGAACCCCCUAGAGGUGGUGAAGACGCGGCUGCAGCUGCAGGGGGAGCUGCAGGCCCGGGGCACCUACCCACGGCCCUACAGGGGCUUUUUGGCCUCGGUGGCCGCCGUGAUCCGUGCAGAUGGGCUGUGUGGCCUGCAGAAGGGGCUGGCGGCCGGCCUCCUCUACCAGGGCCUCAUGAACGGUGUCCGCUUCUAUUGCUACAGCCUGGCAUGCCAGGCCGGCCUCACCCAGCAGCCUGGUGGCACCGUGGUCGCAGGCGCCGUGGCUGGGGCACUGGGAGCCUUCGUGGGGAGCCCUGCUUACUUGGUCAAAACACAGCUGCAGGCCCAGACGGUGGCAGCGAUGGCCGUGGGGCACCAGCACCAUCACCAGAGUGUUCUGGGGGCCUUGGAGACCAUCUGGCGACAGCAAGGCCUGGCAGGACUAUGGCGGGGUGUGGGUGGGGCCGUGCCCAGGGUCAUGGUCGGCUCAGCCGCCCAGCUGGCCACCUUUGCCUCUGCCAAGGCCUGGGUGCAGAAGCAACAGUGGCUCCCGGAGGACAGCUGGCUGGUAGCUUUGGCUGGAGGCAUGGUCAGCAGCGUCGCCGUGGCUGCCGUCAUGACCCCCUUCGACGUGGUCAGCACGCGGCUAUACAAUCAGCCCGUGGACGGAACUGGCAAAGGCCGGCUGUAUGGUGGCCUCGCUGACUGCCUGGUGAAGAUCUGGCGGCAGGAGGGCCCCCUGGCACUCUACAAGGGUCUGGGCCCCGCCUACCUGCGCCUGGGCCCCCACACCAUCCUCAGCAUGCUCUUCUGGGAUGAGCUCCGGAAACUGGUUGGGCGGGGCCUGCACCAGGGCACCUAGGGGGUCCCCUCACCCCCACAUCCCAUCCCGACACAGCCCCACAGCCCGGCACUUCGCAGGAAGCAAUGGCCCUCGCCAGCUAGGAGUGGACGACUCAGGGCAGGCCACAGGCCCGGACUCUGCCACAGGUCUGAGGAGAGUGUGGACAGCGCUGGGCACCCCCAGACCCACGCCCGCCCUCCCCCCCCCCAGGGCCAGAGCACCUGUUCUGGAUGGCCAGCCACUCUGUUCCCCAGCAGAUUCUCUUCCCUCCCUGUACUGGCUUUACCUUACCUGGUAUGACAAUCGCUGCUCCGGGAAACGGCCGUCACCGUGAGCUGGUCACUCACCUGCGUCAGCCUGCUUCGUCCUCGUGCGAGACAGUAAAACCCUCUUUUACCAAGAGGAAGCUGAGAACUCAGAACAGUGAAGUGCUUCGGCCAAAGCCACGCAGCUCUGAAGGGACCGAACGAGGACCGGAAGUCCCCUCUGCCCGGCCCAGGCUGGUGCCCCUGGCAAGAGCCAGGACCCCGAGGGCUGGAGUGUCCCCGGGAGUCACCAUGAGGCACCGCGAGGCCGUGGCGCACCUCCGACGAGAUGAACCACAGACGCUAUUUCACCGCGUGGAGGCUGGAAGUCAGAGAUCAAGGCAUCAGUGGGCUUGGUUCCUUCUGAGGCCUCUCUCUCUCUCUCUCUCUCCCUCUCUCUCUCUGGCAUAUGCACGGACGGCCAUCUUCUCCCCGUGAUCUCAUUCCUUCUGUGUCUGUGUCCUAAUCUCUUCUUAUAAGGCCCCCAGUCAUGUUGGAUUAGCACCGCCCCUAAUGUCCUCAUUUUAACUGAAUUGCCUCUUUCGAGAGCCCGUCUCCAAGUACAGUCACAUGUGGGGGGGUUAGAACUUCAGUAUAUGAGUCGGAGGGGGGGACAUAGUGUAGCCUUAACACCCGGAGCUUUUACUGAUGGCUUCCUAGGAGCCCAGCACUGUCUGUGGGCGUUUGGACAAACCCUCAUGACGUUCUGAAAGGGCUCUCUUGAGAUGCCCAUUCUUCAGAUGAGGAGGCUAAGGCCCGGGGCGGGGGUGGGGGAGUGACCGGCUCAACGUGGGUAGCAGAGCUACGUGUCCUCACCUUGGGCCCUUUCCCAGGCUGCAGCCGCAGUGAGUAUGUUCCUGAGGCCCGUGCUGACCUUUGGGCUACAGAGAUGGACAGCGAGUCCCUGGAAGGUCAGGCGGAGCCUAAGCCAGCGGCCCCACCGCAGCCCGCGUCUGCCGUUGCCCAGGGGCAUGCCUACCGCACACUCCAAACCAAUAAAGUUUUCUAUUUUGUUUA